CAGCCGAUAGAGAGAGAGAGCCGCAGCGCUAAAAGUCUGAUAACCGCGUUCUAAAGAAUCCAAAAAUCAAGCGAGCAGUGAUGCAUCCGUAGCUAUGAAUGAACAUCUAGUAUUGUUUUUGUACUGACCGAUCGUACGUCUGUAUUGUGGUCACCUGUUUUCGAUAAUUCCCUGGAAACCCACACAAAUGACCCAAAUAGUGAUGUAAAACAAAGAUUUCGUCUACGUUUGCUGUUUUUCGAUCAUACCAUGAAUGUAAAUAACCACCGGUUCACAGACAAUUUUAAAAAUAUGUGAUAGAAGAUUUGUUUUCACAGAGCAGAUUCGGAAACGAAAGGACCUCAAGCCUCGAGUUAUGCCAGCACUCCGUUUUUUCGGCAGAAAAUGGUUGAUUGCCUCCGACGAUCUCGUAUUUCCCGGCCUUUUCGAAAUCGUCCUUCGGAUUCUAUGGCUCUCUAUGAUCGUGGUGGUCUACAUCAAGUACUACCACCUGACAUGGGGCUGCAGCCAGGGCGGCAUCUUCGUAAGGGCCUACAUCCUGGGCAUGAUGGCCCUCCUGGUCCUCAUCAUCCUCAUCGUGGUAGCUCUGGUCAACCGGAGUGCUCAGGGCUCCAUCUCGGACGUUCAGGCAAGACGUCACGUGCCCCCUCUUCUGCUCACCAAGCUGUUCCUUAUCAUACCAGAGACGGUCAUCAACGUCUUUGGCACCAUGUGGGCUUUUUGCCAGGAUAUGGUGGUCUGCCCAGAGGAGAACUUUGUGAAGGCUGUCAUAGAAGCUCUCGUGGUGUUCAACUGGGUGCUGUUUGGGCUUGCCAUCCUCUUAGUGGUCUUAGUUUAUGACCCUCUGGGUUCUAAGAAGUACAGCGACCUUCAGGAAAGCCCAAGUACAGGAGAAUCCAUAAAACACAGAAAAUCUACUAGCCUGUGGCAAAGACGUUUUCGUUGGGCUUUUUGCUGGGUCAGGUCAGACGAACACGGCCAUGAAGCCUUCCAACAGGUGGCAGCCCUUCUCAGCUCCCUAUUCCGCAGCACAGAUUUGGUACCAACAGACAUACUGGCCGGCUGUGUCCUCCUGAGAGUCAAGCAGAAAAGAGAAACCAGAGAAAUGAGACGGAUAUACUUGCUAUCAGACGAUGAGCCAAAAUACUCAACAGAUAUAAAUCGGGUUUUCUCGAUGGCCCCCCGUUGGAUGAACCUGGAGGAUGCAGCGCAUUUUCUAAGGCUGUCCAUGGCCGCCUAUGGUUGGCCGUUCGUCAUGUACCAAUACUGCAUGACAGGCGUCUUUAGGUUGAUUAAGAACAUCACCUGUUGCGCUUGUUUUAAGAGCAGAAGCACCAUAGUAACCGAUGAUAACUGUUGUUUGUGCCAUCUGGCGGGCGUUAAAUACAUAUCAAAGUUGGAAGGUGAACAUAUCUUAUUCGCUUCCUUCAGAAACCACGUCUUUGAGUUGCCCUUUUGUGUGAUAGCGGAUCAUAAAACUUGUAAUAUUGUCAUAGCGAUCAGAGGCUCCAUAUCCCUAAGAGAUAUCUUCACAGAUCUCACGGCCACCAGUGACAAGUUCGAGGCACCAGGCAUACCACCCGAUACAAUGGCACAUAAGGGGAUGAUCAUUGGUGCCAACUACGUACUUAAGAGGUUAGAUCAAGCCGGGGUCUUGGAGAAGGCUCUUGCCAAACAUCCGAAUUACGGAUUGGUACUGACAGGUCAUAGUUUGGGUGCCGGCGUGGCAACGCUGUUGGCUUUCAAGCUGAGGGGCAGAUACGCCGAUCUCAAGGUUUAUGCCUUUUCGACGCCAGCUGGUCUGAUUAGUCGAGAAGCAGCCAAAGUUUCGGAGAGUUUCAUUUUCACCGUUGGAGUGGGAGACGACUUUGUUAUGAGGUUAGGUGUGGACAGUAUUGAAAAUUUGAGGACGGGAAUUAUUCAAGUCCUGCAGGCCAGUAGAUUACCAAAAUAUCGAAUUCUCCUAAACGGUUUCGGCUAUGCCCUGUUUGGAGUGCCACCAGGUGAUUUGGAGUCGACUUGGAGGGAUGAGACCAUUGUACCUGGUCGAUCACCCUUGUUGGGGUACCAGUUUAUUCCUACAGUGGCUGCUUCAACGGAAGCAGCUCUUUUAUCGAGAAAUAUAACAGUAAGGAGAUUUUCCAAAACAAGACUUUUCACUGCCGGAAGAAUACUUCAUAUAGUCAGUAGAAAGAAAACGAAAUCUGAAAGAAAGCACAAUACAGGCGGACCAAGUUUCGAGAUGAGGUGGGCUACUGCUGAAGAUUUUAUGGAGCUGAAAGUGAUGCCAAGGAUGCUUGUUGAUCAUCUUCCCGAUAACGUAUACGAGACAAUCGAAACAGUUCUAAGGGAACAAAAAGAGGCCAAAAACGAACAACCACUAGCGCCACCUACACCUAUCACUGAAAUCCUCUAAGACAAUCAGUAUUUUUUUUAUUCGAUGUUAGAGAGAUGCUCAAUAUUUUGAGAAUCUGAUUUUUUACCUUUGUUAAGUUAUAGAGAUAUGUAUAUAAAGAUGAGUUAUUUAUUCGAUUUUGACAAUUUUCAAGUGAAGACAAUUAAAAUUUCUAGAUAUUUUCAA